CGACGUUUGUUUCUCCGAGAGGUUGAAAUUUUGGAGCGCAAAUCUCUCGAUUUUGCGCACGGUGGGUUUCGUACGCGCGUAAGUCGCGCGGGUCCAGUCAUAGAACGAAACCCUCGAAGCCUGGAGCGCCCGCGGGACUCCUGGAGCCAGUGGCGCGCGCGAUUUCGGGAACUUUGAAGUUAGCGAAUUUUCCGCUUUGGGUUUUUCCGCUGGAAAAAUCUGUGGGGGUGUCACGUGUUGUUUUUGGGGGUGUGUUGUAGAUGUUUUUGUUGCCUUGGGCGAUGCUUUUGUGUAGGGGUAGAAGAAGGUGUAUGGUGGGUUGAUGGGGUUUUCCUUGGAGUUAUCCAAGAGUUAUCUCAAGGUGGUUUGGUUCUAUAGGUUUUUAGUGCGAUCGAGGAACGGUUGAAGAUGGGAUGCAACUGUUUUUCUGUGGUGUUUCGUGUUGUUUUGUGAUUGACCCAGGGAUGCUCCACUGAAAGCUGUCAUGAGAUUCAAACUAGGGACUCUAUCUCUGGUGUGGUUCCUCUCAAGAUCUAUACACGCAGAGACCAUUCUAAAGGCUCAGCACAGCUCCGGCGACCAGGAAUCUUUCACCCUCAAGAUGACCUAUCCAACAGAACAACAAGACUUGGUGGUCUCCUCUGACUACAACCUUCUUCUUGAAGACUACCUGGACACCACCCUACAAGACAACGAAGGAAUGAUGGACAACAACGAUACCUACGACGCUACAUACAACAACACCUACAAGCUGGAGGAGAUUGAGCAGUACAUCUUCCCCAAGACCUGGACUUGGGUGUUGAUCUUCUUCCACGCCAUGGUGUUUCUGGUGGGGAUAGUGGGGAACUUCUUGGUGUGUGUCGCGGUGUACAGGAACCAUUCGAUGAGGACCGUAACGAACUAUUUUAUAGUGAACUUGGCGGUGGCUGAUUUUUUGGUUAUACUGUUCUGUCUGCCGCCUACGGUCGUUUGGGAUGUGACAAUGACUUGGUUCUUUGGGGUGGUGAUGUGCAAGACUGUGCUGUAUUUUCAGAGUGUCUCAGUGACUGUCAGCGUCCUAACUCUCACCUUCAUCUCCAUAGACCGUUGGUAUGCCAUCUGCUUCCCUUUGAAAUUCAAAUCGACUACUGGCAGGGCCAAAACAGCCAUCUGGAUAAUAUGGCUGCUGUCUCUCUCUACCUCAUUACCUGAGAUGAUAUACUCUACGACGGAACGUGUGGACCUCCUUGGACUGGACACUAUUUACUUCACCCGGUGCAAGCCAAGUUGGUCCUUAGAGAUUGACACCUAUUUCACAAUAGUCAGGAUGAUCUUCUCUUACGCUUUUCCUCUCCUCUUCAUGUCUGUGGCUUACUUACAGAUCAUAAAAGUGUUGUGGAAAUCGGGAAAUAUACCACAUCAAGUAAUCGAUGUCUCUGGAAGGCACGUUAACUCCUUCGCAAUGAACAUGAAUGCCAGCACUGAGGGUCAGCUGAAAAGCAGAAAGAAGGCUGCUAAAAUGUUGGUGGUAGUGGUUGUCAUGUUCGCCAUCUGUUAUUUUCCAGUCCAUCUUCUUUCACUUCUCAGAUUGACGGUGGAUUUGAGGAACAGCGAGGCCAACAGAGCUGCUGCCAUGAUUUCCCAUUGGCUGUGCUACGCAAACAGCGCUGUUAAUCCUAUUAUAUACAACUUUAUGAGCGGAAAAUUCAGGAAGGAAUUCCGCUCAUCUUUCUCAAAAUGCAGCUCAAUGGACCCACCGGAGGGCAACGGCAGAACGAGCACCUACAUCUACAGAUUUACAGCGAACAGACAGAGCACCAGGUCUAGGACAGAGAUUAUUCCCCUCAACAACGUCCACAGCAAGAUAAAUUGAGUACCUCUCAUCGUUUGUCCAAAGGUCCUCUCUAGAAUCAUGUGAAUUUUGCUCGUCAACGCUCAAAAAACUUUAUUUUGUACAGUUCGCAAGUUUUAACGACGUAGGUAGAAAAUAAAACGUUUGGUGUUCUUAAAUGGAUUGGUUUCAUGAUGAUUUCGAGAUAUAUUUGACAUGUACUUCAAUUCAAAAUUGAAGAAUGUUAUCAGACAGUUCCAGAAUAUAGGAUUCGACUAUUCAAUACUACUUUGAUAAUUGCAUCAAAUUUUUGUAGAUACGAAUUCGUAGGUAUGUCUUUAGAUUCAGAGAUUCAGUUUCUCUCAACGUGAUAUCCAUCUAAAAACACUAUAUUUUUAACAUUCUACACCAGAGGAACAUUUUAUUUUUGAGAUUACUCAAGGUUAGAUGUUUCUGUGACGGACAGCUUCCAUUUGCUUUGUUAGGUAAGAAACUGCUGAAUUUUUUUAGUUUUUUUCAAGUGACUUCUUCAAUGUAUUUUUCCUUGAAUAACUUCUAUUGUAACUUUUUGAUUAACUUGAAAGGACUUAGCCUCAAUUCUUAAUCAGACUUUGAACGUCCACAAAGACACUGACAUAUUCAUAAAGCACAUGAUCAACAAGUUUCAUUCUUUUUUGAAAUGACUUGCAUCAUUUACUUCUGUUACGAUAUCAGCUAACUCAAUUGACUAAUUUUCACUACACUAACUCACUUCCUAAUUGACAACUAGACAACACUAUCUACAGCGAAUUUAUUUGAACAGAAUUUAUUUCAACUAAAUACACGGCACUGGUCGAUGACUAAGUCCUCGUGUCGCUCGGUUUUGUUUAUAUAUCCAAACUGACCCCUCUGUGAAGACGUCGAUCAUGCCCGAUCCUUCUAGAUUACAGUUCAAGACUUCUCUCGAUAAAAAUCAGUGGCGUCGAUGGCUCGAUUAUAACAAUACAUUAAUUCCUUCAUUUCAAAAAUUGUUCAGACGAAUUUUUUACUUGAAAGGCAAAUAUAGCUGUUCGUUGACUAAGACAUAUCAACUCAACAAACCUACUGUGUUUUUUUCAGUUUAUUAUUAUUGCUUCAGUUAAUUGUUAGUGUUAAUUGAUCAAUUCUUAAGUGCAAAAUAACGUUAAUUUGCUAUUCGUUUUCACUGCCUACGACAUUGAUAGAGACAUUUAAAAUGUGCUUUUGGUGGAACAGAGACUCUUUUCGAUGUGUUGUGUACAAUUACAAGCUCAAAAAAAAACACCACCGCCUGAUUGUGAGUAUUUAAUAAAAAAUAAGCGAAAAAUUUUAAAAUUUCAGUAUUCUAUUGUAAGGAAAAUCAGAAGAAUUGAAUGAUGAGGAGUUAUUUAUAACGAUUGGAUUAAAUUUGUAUGUUUUCUGUAAGGAAGUUUACAAUUGUGAUAGUAGUGGAUUUGCAGGAGCGAAUAUUCCAUGUGAAUCUCAUGUUAAAUUAAGAAAUAAAAAGCUAAACAAUU